AUGUCCAGCGAUGACUCCGAAAAGAACGAGCAGGUCCCGCGGAUGGGAUCUAUCUACUCGGGAGCCAGAGGCGUCCUCAUCUGGCUUGGACUUAGGAGACAGGAGACCGACCAGCUUGCCAGCAUUCUCCACACCUUAGGGAAGAUCCUGUGGAUUCGCUACUCUAUUCUCCAGCCGGAUGUCCUUCGGCCGAAGAUUGCCCUUGGCGGAUUUAUAUACUGCCGGGUACAGACGAAGGCGCCUGGUUGCAAGGACGAUAGGGAUAGGAUCUUCGCCCUUAGAGGCCUCCCCGAAGCGGACUACAACAGACAUGGACUCAUGGUCGCCUGUCACAAGCAAUGCUAUCAAGUAUAUAUUGAGUUUGCGGAGCGGCUAAUACAAGCCGGUCGCCUGGACGUCCUCUCAUUAUGCCAGUUCCCGAACGUCAGGCCGACUCCGACCGGUUGCCCUUCGCCGAGAAUUCCGGAGUAUCUCUGCGACAGUUGGAAAUUGCCGCCUUGGACCCCUGAUUGGUCUACCCGAAUUACUGCUCCCAACGAUUGGUUUAUGCUACAUGGAAACUCACUCUUCUCUGCAUCAGCGGGAAGCUCCCCCAAGUGCUCAUUCAACGCAGCUACUGAUCCGAACAAUCCACAGUGUCGUGCAUCGGCAACACUGACCGGUGUUCUGGUGGACGAAAUCGUUGACGUCAGAUUGGUCUAUGCUCGAGGCACUGCUCGCAAGCGGCUGGAAAACGAUUUUCUAUUCGGCACCCGAUUUAGGGAGAGACAGCAAUUGUGCAAAGCGUCGCGAACUUGGCCACGACACCUACUCACCUUCGCAGCUUCGUGA